AGACAACUCUAUAAUUUUGAAAUGGAGUUCAUGAUGUGGGACAAAAAGUGGAAGAGCCCAAAGUGUGUAUAAAAGGGGGCUGUGGUGACACGCUUCGAGGGGUGUCCAACGUCGGUGAGCGGCAAAACAGUGCCCCUGCAAAAACAGAAAACUGGGAAGACAGGUUAAAGCAGUGCGACAUUUGUAUAUAAAAAUGGGUUGCUGAGUUGAAGAAAAUAGUAUCAGGAGCAUUCCGCUUACAGGUUCUGAGAGCAAGAUUAAAGUGAAGAAGGGACAAAAUGCCGUCCAGUACAUGUUCCCAGUACAAAGAAGUUGUCAUUGUUGGAAAUGGUCCCUCUGCCAUCAGUUUAUCCGUCUUCCUCUCUGGGUACCGACCCUAUUAUAAGGGGGGUACACACUCCAACGAGUACCUCAAUGAAAAACUCCAGAAGAUGAACCCCAAAAAAUCCAUAGUAGACCAGGACUUGUCCUUCUUAGCCGAGGGGCUUGAAGGCCGCUCCCCUAACCCAGUCGCUCUUCUUCUUGACGCCCUCUGUAGGCCAGAUGCUGAUCUAGGAGUAGACAACCCAUCUCUCUUGGAAUGGAAGUUUGAAAAGGAACAUGCAAUUGACCAUGUGGUCUUAGGAAAAGGCAAAGCUGGUGGGGCAUGGCAGAACAUGGAUGGAUCCAUGCAGACUCUGAGCUUUGCCAACUGGAUGGAACUCCCUUCCCUAAGCUUCAAGGAGUGGCAGAAUUCACACCACAGAGAUGAAAGCCAUGCUCACAAUGGAAGAGCCACGGUUGCAGAUGUGAGAAGAUAUUACGGCGAUUUUGUUGAAGAACGAGGACUUCAGCCAUAUUUCAGGGACCAAUAUGUUGUUACAUCCAUUCAGAAAAAGUUCUACACCAACAAGGAUGUUGACUCAGAAAGUGGGGAGGUAGAACCUUGUAAAUGUAGGUACAAAAACCAUGGCUUCCUUUGGGAGGUCAGAGGUUAUUGUUACCUUGGUGAUAGUGAGGGGGACAGAGAGGAGUUCUGUUAUUGCACCAAUAAUGUGGUGGUAGCUACAGGAACAUUUGACAUCCCCAACAAAUUGGGUAUUCACGGGGAAAACUUACCUUAUGUUCUACAUUCUCUUGAAGAAGUGGAGCAUGUUUUAUCCAACAAAAAGAAGAAGAAAUCCCAGGAUCCAGUGGUCAUUGUCGGAGCAGGACUAAGUGCAGCAGACGCUGUGAUCAUGGCUCUGAAAAUGAAGCGGCCAGUGGUUCACGUAUUUAGACGUGGAGCCAACGAUUCUCAACUGAUCUUCAAGAAAUUACCAGCAGCAAUUUAUCCAGAGUAUCAUACUAUCCAUUCAAUGAUGAAAGGCAAAACCAUUAACCCCCUGUACAAACCUUACCCAAAUCACUCUUUGGUGGAGCUAAAGGAAGACAACCAUGUUCUGAUACAGACGACAUCGGGAGGCGACAUCUUGUCAUUGGAUGCCUUCUAUGUGGCGAUUCUGAUUGGAGCAUGCCCAGAUCUGUCAUUUCUUCCACACGAUGGUAAAAACCUCGGUGUAAUACCGCGCUUUCCCAUUGACAGUAAGCAUAAUCCCAUUCACGUGGACCCAUAUUCUUACCAGUGUGUCGCAGAAACCGGACUAUUUUCAAUGGGACCAUUAGUAGGGGACAAUUUCGUACGCUUUGGAUUGGGUGGAUCGUUAGGCAUUACGAAUCAUUUAUUGCUCACAAAGAACAAACAAACUCAGUAAAUAUGUGCAAUACUCCUUACAGUGAUGUAUGGUUGUGAUAAUCCAAUUUUUAACUUAUUAUGAACAGAUCUUCUUAGUACUUACAUGUAUAUUAAAGGUUAGGGUCUUAUAUACCUCAAUUCACUGAUCUGCCAAUGAUUUUGUUAUAAUUUUUUUACAUUAAAAAAAUUGUUUCUUUUUAAA